UGGGCUUCCGGGAGAAGAGCGUUGGCGUCCUUUUAUCCAAGGCAGCCACGGAUCUUGGGACCAGAGAGGUGUGCCUACGUCCCGCUAGACCGGUAGAGAAGAGGCAAGCACCUAGGCCCGGUGGAACCUAGGCUGAGCACCUCCUGUGGGUAUGCUGCAGCCCAGAGAUAGUGACGUUGCUGUGAGAAGCCCACGUGCCCAAUAUGGCGGAGACUAAAGACCCGGUUCAGCUUCGGCUGCUCAGUCUGGAGCUCCUGAAGCAGCUUUGGGCUGGGCACGAGGCCAUGUGUCAGUCGGUGGCCAGAGCAGCAUUAGAGUCAAACCUGAACUAUAGAAGCAGCAACAACUUAGAGAUGCCACUGUCCCAAGAGACUUCUUCCACUUCUUCAAUGGCCCCCAGCUCACAGGACAAAAGACACAUGUGGGACCCACUGGACAGUCAUCAAGGUGACAUGUUUGAUAUGGCUUGGAAUGGCAAGGUCAACUCUAGGAUGGACUCUCAUCCACCUGCCACCUGCCAACCCCAGGAGCCCCAGGAAGGACUACGGCCCCUCUCAGUACCCUUGCUAGCCACUCAAGGUCUGAAGGGACCAGUGUCUUUGGCAGGACCAAAAGGUCUGGGGCCUAACAAGACACAGAUCCCAAGGUCCGUCCUGUCACGACCGAGCAAGCCAUCUAAGCCCAAAGUGACCUUCUCCCAGGAGUCUGCAGUGCCUGAGAGCAGCUGGUACUCUAGGCCAUACCUAGGCUAUGAUUGGAUUGCAGGGUCCCCGGACAAUAACUCUCCGGUCACUAGUGAACCCGAAGCCUUCUUCUCUGUGCUGCAGAAGUUUCGAGAAAACAACAAAGAGGAUUGUGUUUGCAGCUCCCCUGAAGCUGUGUUCCCAGGGCUGCAAGAGAGCAGUGGUGUGGAAGAGGACCACGAGUGUGUGUACUGUUACCGCAUCAACCGCCGGCUGUUUCCUGAGCCUUUGGAUCCAGGUGCCCCUUGCCGGCUGUGUAGGAUACCCCGGGAUGAGAAGGGACCUGAAACUCUGAUGGAGCCAGUGCAAGUCAGGGUGAGCAUUCCCCUAUCCAUCCUGGACCCUCCACACCGGUAUCGAAUUCACAGAAGGAAGAGCUUUGAUGCAUCUGACACUCUAGCUCUGCCUCGGCACUGUCUGCUGGGCUGGGACAUCCUCCCUCCAAAGUCAGAGAAAACCUCUGUCCCCAAGAGCCUAGACCUCUGGUCCUCUGUGACCUAUGGAGCAGCGCAGCGCCAGGAUCUGUCAUCCACAAGCCCAUCCUGUCAGGCCUUUCCAGCACAAGACCCAUCACUGAUCUGGUCAUAGGCUCAGGUUGCCCAACUCUGUCCCUCCCACUAGAAGCCCCGUGGACUGACUACCCGGAAGGCUACAGUAUUCUACCAGUGCCAUCAGCCACCGUGGAGGAGAAGCACCUAAGUAAGAGCUGGAAGUGGGCAAGAUGGAGGUGGCUGAGCUAUUUCUCCUUGGUUGUCCCCUCUGUCUCCUGGUGUCUUGAAAGUGAGAAUUCCAGGGCAGAGAGGACAGAGUGCUCUGAGUAGCGUGCCAAUAAAGCUCAGGACCCUACA